AUGGAUAAAAUCAAAAUAGAUACUAACCUUUCAAUACCGACGCCGUCAACAAAUAAUGGAACAGUUGAUGAAGCUGAGGGUAUAUGGAGUGCCGAUAUUGAACAAAGUUUUCUUGAAGCACUCGCUAUAUAUCCUCCGUGUGGUCGACGAAAAAUAAUCUUAACUGAAGAAGGGAAAAUGUAUGGUCGCAAUGAAUUAGUCGCGCGUUAUAUUAAAAUUCGUACAGGUAAAACACGAUCACGCAAACAAGUCUCAUCACAUUUACAAGUACUUGCUAAACGUCGUUCAAAAGAAAUUCAAUCAUUACGUAAUGAUAAAGCUGCGCAACAAGUUAUACUCGAGAGAUUAAAACAAUAUACAUCAGCUGAAAUUGUUUCGAUGAAUAAUGAACAAAUAACCAGUGAUAACGAUUCGUUCUCCGAUGAUGAUGACGAUGAGGUAGAAAAAAAGAAAAAAAAGCGAGCUACUCCUGUUAAGAAUCUCAUUCAACCCAUUCCAAUUGAAGAACAUUUAAAAAAACCUGUGCCGACAUCAAGCAUGAAUAUAGAGCAAUUCCAAGCAAAAGAAGAUUCAUACUCGUGUUCACCUAUGCCAAUCGUGAAAAAGAAUUCAACGAAACAUGUAGCAUCAACUAAUAAAUCGAAUGGUACUAUUCCAAAUAUGAUCAACAGCACACUACAACAUUACUUACCAAAUUCUCCAGCCGUCUAUACUCAUACUGCCGGUCGAUCUCGAUGUUCAUCAAAUACUUCAUCAUCAUCUCCACUAUCUUCUGGCUCAACAGUUUCUCAAGGUAUAAUACUAGCAAACCCAUCAGUACCACCAUUCGCUAUAAUUGGGGAUGAAAAUUUUCGUCUUUAUGAAUUAAGUGCUUUUGCUGAAAUCAAUCGAACCAUAUCAACAACACAUCCAUCAUUAAUUUAUCCAGCAUCGGAAGCAUAUUCGAUUCAUCAACAUGAUCUAGUUCGUUUGCAUGUCAAUGACAUUCAAAUGAAAAGCCUUCAAACAUUUGAAACAAUAUCAAUUGAUCAAAUAUAUGAUAAAUUCCCUCAUUACGACGGUUUGAAAGAUUUAUUUGAACGUAACCCAUAUGGACCGUUCUUUUUAAUUAAAUUUUGGGCUGAUGUCCCAAUGUCAUCCUCAAUGACUAAUCCAAUGAGUAUUCGUGAUGAAUCGUUUUUUACCUCAUUUACAUAUGCAAGUUGUGCCAAUCGUCCAAUACAUAUAUCAACACGUUUAUGUUCAUUUGGUAAAAAAGUUUUGGAAAAAGUUGACACAAGUGAACAUCCACAACGUGAUCAAUAUGAUCAAUAUUUUCAUCGGUUUGAUCGAUCACCAUUAUGUGAUUAUAUGGUACAAUUCGUACAAAAACUUCGUUCUCUUCCAAAUGCCUGUAUGAUGAAUAGCGUCUUAGAGAACUUUACUGUCCUUCAAGUGAUUAAAUGUCUAGAUAAUUCCGAACAACUUUUACUUUGUCUUGCUUUUGUUUUUGAAAUCGCUAUGUUCGAUGCAGGUGGACCACAAUACCAAGUGUACAAAUUGGUGGCUAAUUAA